GGAAUGCGUCAGGGGAGGAAUCGCGAGUGCCGGAGCCAGGAGGUCUGACGCAGGCGGCGACAGAAAGCCCAGCAUCUUGGGCAGAGAGAGCAGGAGGAGACAUCCACCAACACACCGCAGAGACCAGCGGAGCCGCCCGGCUGCAUUUAAACAUGACGAAGGAGAACGUGGCAGAUGUGGCGUCUGAGGAGGAGCCCCUUGAGCCGCAGGAGCAGCCCGCGGACUUCCACAGCCCGGUGAUGGAGAGACGCAAGAAGCCCAUGGUUCACCCCUCGGCCCCAGCACCACUGCCCAAGGACUAUGCCUUCACCUUCUUUGAUCCGAACGACCCGGCCUGUCAGGAAAUCCUCUUCAACCCGCAGACGACCAUCCCUGAGCUCUUUGCAAUCAUCCGGCAGUGGGUUCCCCAAGUGCAACACAAAAUUGACACCAUCGGAAACGAAAUUCUCAAGAGGGGUUGCCACGUUAACGACCGAGACGGGCUGACGGACAUGACCCUGCUGCACUACGCCUGCAAGGCCGGAGCGCACGGCGUCGGGGCCCACAGCGCGGGUACAGAAGCCAGUUGUGCCCCAGGACGCCUCACUGCAGCCGUUUGCUCUUUGCAGGCCGGAACCCUGCGGUUCUGCGGCACCACCGAGUUUGCCAGCGGCCAGUGGGUCGGUGUGGAGCUGGACGAGCCUGAGGGCAAGAACGAUGGAAGUGUUGGAGGGAUAAGCUACUUCAUCUGCCCUUCCAAGCACGGUUAUUUUGCUCCUGUGUCUAAAAUCAGCAAAAUCCUGGACCAAACCCCUUCUUCAGUCACAUCGACACCCAAAACGCCCCGCAUGGAUUUUGCACGGAUGACGGGGAAGGCCAAAAAGGACAAGAAAGCCUUGAGAAGGAAGUCGCUGUCAGUGGGCAGCCUGGAUCCAGAGGACACGAAGAUCAAGAUUGGAGACCAGGUCCUGGUGGCCGGGCAGAAGCCAGGAAUUAUUCGGUAUUAUGGCAAAACGGACUUUGCACCAGGAUACUGGUAUGGGAUAGAGCUGGACAAGGCGACCGGGAAGCACGACGGCUCAGUAUUUGGAGUUCGAUACUACACUUGUUCCCCGAAGUAUGGAGUGUUUGCCCCUCCAUCCAGAGUGCAGAGGAUUGGGGGCCCUAAAACUCCUUCGGGUGAUGGAACCGUCAACAAAAAAAUUCACCAAGUAACAAUGACUCAACCCAAGAGGAACUUGGCGACUGUGAGGACCCCCAAAGAUAUUGCGUCAGAGAGCUCCAUAUCCAGCCGAUUACUUUUCUGCUGUUGGUUCCCGUGGAUGUUGAGAGCAGAAAUGCAGUCGUAAAACAAACAAAAACCUCCUCACAACCUCCUCACCCUUCUCCUCAGACUCUGUUCUUCCUCCUCAACUUCUCUUCGUUAUUGUGCUUCGGAAACAGUCUGCGGAUAACGGUCUCGUUACUAGUUCACCCAGUUACAGACAUAGUUGACUCUAGUGCCUUGAUCCCAAUGACGUAUCCCUCCAUUAACAGUCGUUUCAGUAGAUGGAAUAACCAUUCAUUUGAUACACUGACUGGAAGAUAUAUAUAUAUUAUAUUAUAUUAUCACUUCACCUGCCCAUGACUUUCCUCUGGCUCCCCUCUUCCUCCUCCUUCAAUGGUCCACUCUCCUAUCAGAUUCCUCCUUCUUCAGCCCUUCACCUCUUCUGCCUUUCACCUCCCAGCUUCUGACUUUAUUCUCCACCUUCCCCUCACCUGGUCUCACCUAUCACUUGACUGGUGGUACUCCUUCCCCCUCCCUCCACCUAUUGAUUCUGGCUUCUUCCCCCUUCUUUUCCAGUUCUGAUGAAGGGUCUCAGCCAGAAUGUCGACUGUUUAUCCCUCUACACAGGUGCUGCCUGACCUGCUGAGUUCCUCCACCAUUUUGUGUGUGUUGCUCUGGAGUUCCUAGCAUCUGCACAAUCUCUUGUGUUUACCUUCUAGCUCGUCCUCCUUCCCCCCGCCCCGCAACUUUUUUUUAUUCCGGAGUCUCCCCCCUUACUUUCCAGUCCUGAUGAAGGGUCUUGGCCUGAAACACUGACCGUUUAUUUCCAUCCAUAGAUGCUGCCUGACCUGCUGAGUCCCCCCAGCACUUUGUGUGUAUUGCUCUUUGGGAUUUCCAGCAUCUGCAGAAUCUCUUUUGUUUAUACACACACGUAUAUAAAUAAUAUAAUAUAAUAUAAUAUAUAUAUAUAUAUAAAAUGUAAUAUAUAUAUAUUAUAUGCACAAUUAUAUGAUGCUGGUUUGUGGUUCCUGUUUAACGAAUGACUGAAAAUACUGAUUAAAAACUAAUCGUCACAAUUAUGGUGUGUAACUUAAAACCCAGGAUAUAUGUACUCCCUCUGUUUUGCAUUUUUAGAUCCCAUUGAGGCAUCAAUUGUUUCACUUAUAUACAAAGGAGGUUAAUUGAAGGGAUGGUGACGUGAGAUUUUACUGGGCCGGUGAGAUUCUGGGGGUGAUGUGUUCCUGAGUGAUUCACUUUAUGUCAAAUGGGAUCUAAUAGAUUUUAAAAAAAAGCUGUUUAUUAUGUAAAGUAAGACAAAGCAAAAUAAAGACUAUGAAAAGUU